ACGAGCGUGAUACUAGGGCACGCUCUAGCAACGCCGCCCAACACUCCACUUGGGGCUUCUGUUCCUGCCUGUCUCGUAAUGGGCGAUUUGCUAAAUCGUAAUCUUUUCGGAUUAAAAUACGUCCAAAUAAAUAUCUCCUACGCUAAUAGGCAAUUUUCCAGCCCAAAGGGAUUUCUUAAUGACUUAUCUAUGAACAAGUUCUUUUUCUGGGAUCCAUUGACAAGAUAGAAGACCACUGACAUACUAUUAAAAUCGCCCCAAGAAGAGAUCGGUCGAUUGAUUGGGGAGAGGGAGAGUGAUCACACAGUGCACCGAGAGACCUGACAAGAUCUUUGACAAAUGAUUCAUAGUGUACUCAGUGGAUUUCAAAGGCGGAUUUCGUUCAUUAGUUCCUCUAAACAACCUGCACUGCUGAAGAACUUUUCGAGCUCAAAGUUGAUGGAACGUCUUUGAUAGAGCAUCCUGGCGUCUGGACGCCAUGAACUUGACGAGAUCGUCUGGGCGGGGAUAUCUAUGUUGAUGACCUCUGAAGCAACACGAAGACGUUUUGGCUGUCGUUUCCUUCAUCUUCAGACUAUCUAAUUCAACUGGAUAUUGCUAUAAUGACGAAUUGCUAAAUGCCUGAUACGCGUUUCCACUAGUGAGAAGUGUGUCGUGUGUCGGGAACUUCUAAACUGACAACACCAUUUACAAAGGAAAAACUCGGCACACUUUUAUUAUUGAUAAAAAACACAUUUUACGGUUCGACGAUUCCCUUAUGUCACAUCCGGGACACUUGAGAUUUUAUUGACUGUCUUGCUGUAUCGCCCAGUAAGAAGUGCUUGAUUGAUGUUCUUGAUGACGUCUAGGACGAAAGGUUGAAGAAAGGAAUCAGAAACCGCAGACGAUGAAUGGUAUCGUCACUGACAGAUCGUCUCAUUAGACUCAAUCAAAGAGAUAUACGAUACAGUCAUGCCAACUAGUCCUACUAGUUUAUAACAGAAUGGAUAGGUACCUGUAAAAGAAAUCAACUUAACGCUUUCUGAAUUGGAAAUCCAGGAGCGUCAUUGUUGAAUUUGAACGAUUUGUGGGUUUAGGUCGGUGGCAAAGUCAAUAUUUCUGUUUGUAAACAUUGAACUCUUGUACGUCUUCGAUUAACCUCGAUCUACACGAGGUUUUGUUUGCAAGAUUGCAACAGGAUUUAAUCAAUUAUUGGCUUUGGAAGUGCUUCCAUGUUUCUACGAUCGGCGUUUUCGAGUCGACUGUCGACAGGCAGCAGGCGAAGGGACAUCUCCUCGGAAGAUUUGUUGCACUUGUCACCAGUGACAGUGCAUUCACCAAUUGCUCAACAACAUUAAGUCAAUGGCUGUGAAUGACAAUAAUCGGAAUACUUGUGAGAACUGUUGCAGUAAAAGGAUAGCUGACAUUUGUGACUCAGUAAGAGAGGGGAAAGAAGUGACCUUUUUCAAAUGAUCAAUUCGUUCGUGAUCUGAUUCGACACAUUCGUGCUUUGGGAGACCUUAUAACCAAGUUACCCAAGUCACUUUGAAGGGAAUCGUACUAAAGAACUUCGCCGACAAAGUUAGAAUCUUCAGUAUUGCGAUAACAAAACAUAUAGUACAUAACAAUGCAGAUAACCUAAUUAACGAUUUCUCGAUAUCUGCUUUAUCUUGUAUUAAAGGAUCCGUGUACGUGUACCUCAAUAACCCAGGAUUACCUUAAACUCACUUCGAUAAUUCUCCCGCUAUUCCAAGUGUUGUUGUCGGUAUUUUGUGGCUCUACGAUGAAACUAAGGCAUAUAUGUUAAGAUUUUAAGACGAACGUAUUUUCACGCUAUGAUUAGGCCUUCUGUGGAACCGACGCAUUAAAUGACCGACUUAAAACAAAGUGCAAGGCAUUUAAACUCAUACGUCACUAAUUAGGAAAGUCGGAACUGUUCAAGUUGUAACGAAUUUCCAACUGCUUAAUCUGUGGGAGAAAUAUCCACUUGUCCAGAAACUGCAGAUAUGCAAUCAAGAAACUAACAUUGGUUGUCAGCAGAAAAUCACAAUUUGGAUAAUCGUGCUGUUUCUGGAGUUGGCGAUUAAGGUAUCAUUCAGACCUUUCUAGAAAGGAUUGUCAAUUGAUGUAAUAAUGACUGCUUUUUCGCUUUGCAACUUUUUCAUGGAGUUUCUGAUCUGUUGAGAUUCUAUUGAUUUUGAACAUAUGUGGUCGACCAGAGCUCAGCCGAGUGUAUUCUAACACGGAAUAUUCAUUAAAGUGGACACAGGGGGCAAUGCAGCUCAGUCAUUCAUCGGAAGGUGAUCACUUAAUGGAACGCGGUAAGUUCCUAUCAGUGUGUGAAGGACUGGACUAACUUGGCAACAGUGCGCGACUCAGCAGACGAUACUCGUCAAUGCACUGCAUGAGCCGAUGGGUCAUUUUGUUUGACGAUAGACGAUAAUACUUCUCCUGUGUGCAUCACUAACUUCAGUGGUUGAAGGAUUCGUACAUCAUUCACUACUUACAGCUAACCCGAGGAACACGGAAUCUUGACGUUGCUUUUCUGUCUGCAAUUAACUUGCUAAACACAAGGAGAACAAGAUUCUUUAUCUUUCGUUGUCAACACUUCUAUGUGUGUAAUGCCGGUGAUUAUCCGACGGUGAUUGACUACACGUCUAAACCAAAGACACAACAAAUAAGGGUGUUCUCUUCUAUCACUGGAUUAUAACAAUUACACCACAAUGUUAGCCAAGUACCGAAAACCUUACAAGCCUUACCGGCCUCGCCAUGUCUACCACAAGCACCGAAAAGGCUUUCACAGCCAGCCUGUCUCCAUCAACGUCUCCUUGGUCACACUGCCAACCAGUGAAGCCAUGACCGAGUUCCACCUUCCAAAGCUACCAGAGCCGAAGAUGCGCAUCUUCGUCUCGUUCCAAGAAGAGCGAUGCACCAUGGACAUCCCACACGGCAAGACGGUAGCAGAAGUCAAACUCAUGGUCCAGGAGAAGUUCUUCAUCCAGCCCAACAGGAUCGCUGUCGAUGGCAUGGACACGGAGAAGAACAUCCUCGUUCUCAGCUACGCCGGGGCAGAACUCGGUGAUGACUGGAUCUUGACUGAUAUCGGCGUCAGUCCGGGAUCUACCAUACACGCUUACCUCAAAGAAGAACUCAGGCCGAUUGUCUAUAUCUUCUGCGCGUACAAUCAGGACCUCAUCCAAGUCUUAGAGAAAUUCAAAUUCAUGGACACGUUUAUCAGCGACUUGCGGGCUAUUGCGUCCAGGAAGACUGGUCUUCCUGUGGGGGUGUUCCGGCUAACCAAAGAGGAGAAAGAGAUGUACGACAUCCACACCUUAGACAUGUAUGAUAUGAGUAUCGGCGAUACUGUGAACCUAGAGACGUGGGAUGGCUGGAAUGACUUUCUUAACUUGGCAGCUAUGGGUUUCACCUCACAUGCCUUGACCAAGCUUUCAGCUGAUGAGCUGGUGGCGAGAUACCAGAUGAAAGUAGCCAUGUAUAUCGCGGCACAUUAUGGCCACGUUGACCUGGCAGUGAGUCUCAUCCGCCAGGGUAUCAGGCCAGAUGAACCGAUUGGGGAACAUCCUUACAGACAAUGGUGUGCCAGUACCAAGCACAUAGACAGUCUGAAGUGUCCCGUCCAUGAGGCGGUUGAGUCCGGACAGUUAGGUGUUCUCCGGACAUUCGUGCACCACAACAUUUGUACCGUCAUGGCAAAGGACGGGAAUGGUUUACGACCACUCAAUAUUGCCCUCAGAAACCGUGUCAAACCAUGUGCUUCGUUCCUCUUGACAAAGCAGUGGAGCCGAAUCAACUACGGGCCCACCUCCAUUCCACUGUCUCUGUACGCCAAGAUGAAGGCUUGGGGAGAGCGGGGGAAAGAAAAGGCUCUACUCAUCCAUGGCCAGGAAAAGUCGACGCUCAAGAGGAAACCAAUAUUAGAACACCCUCUGGUCGGCCAAGGUGUCUAUGUGGACGGGUUCUCUGAGUGCCAAAUGUCAACCAAGUCCAAAGCCAUCACUCAGGCAGACAGGGAGAGGAAUCGGGUCCUUAACUUUGAGCCAGGACACCGGGAGUUCUUCAGGGACGACCCUGAGUCUUAUUUCAGGAAUCUCCAAGGCCCGAGACAUAAACAUGGACGGUUCAACAAGAUCAUAGGCAUGACCAAGUCCAAACUGCCUGCGGAUGACAAAGCUAGUGAAAAGUCGUUUGAUCAUCACGCGAGCAGGUCACCUGACAAACAUCCUUCGUCUGCUGCUUCUGCGCAUGAUCCGGGAGAUGGCAAGGAAGAUGGUGACCGGAUCCGUCUGCCACCGAUCAUGGAGAAAGGUAAACGGAGUAGCCACGCCUUCACCAACUCUCAGGGUGGGUCGCCUACGAAAGAAGGGCGGCUACCCUCCCUCUCAAAGAUGAAGAAUGCACAGCCGAGAAUGUCACAUGACAGGGAUGGCUCGGAGACGCCGAGUUCCAUCAAGAGUACCUACAUCGAAACAGGGAAGGAAGACGGGAAGCAGAAGGUCAAGAGGGAGAUUCUAAACUCACAGAAAUCUCAGGAAGAUGAGGGUGAGAAGAAGAAGAGGUCUCGAUCUGCCGCGCUCCUGGCGAAAGCAAAGACAGCAGACGGCGCUAUUCCGCUUCCUAUGAGCAGCAUUGAAUGCAUACCUAAGCCUGUAUUCCACGUCAAGUCACAUGGCGCUGACGUGGCAAGGUCAACGUUAGAUUCAUACGAGCGCCAUCGCGGUAUGAAAGCAAGAGACUACGCGAUCAAGUGCCUUUCAGUUGCGAGUACGUUUAAGGAGAAGCCAUGGUUGCAUCAGGUCAGGUUAGCUAUGGCCCUGACGACACAGGGAGUUAAGAAGAAUGUGACUGCGAGCCUUGGCCAGCGGGAGCCGGAAGCCGCAACCAUGGAGAGACUAGGGGGGCUUUAUUGAUAAAGCUCCUCAGUAACGGGCACUUUUAAGUCCAAAAAUAGUUGCCUUCGAAGUAACUUUUGCAGUAAUAGGUUUUUGAGAAAUAAUGGUUCUACGGCCAGACCUGUUGCAACUGAUAUCGCACACAUUUUAAACUGUGAUAGACCACUGGUGUCAAACGAUCGGCUGCUGGUCUUUAAACAGGGUUUGCGCUGUCAUUCAUCGAGUCCUGUUCUCCCAAGAAAACGGGAAGUCUCUCGUGAUUGGCUCAAGCCUGAUCACUGUCCCGGUGAAGCAGACGACGAGUGCUUCGUAUUGGAUAACAAUUGCACGACAGAAAGUCGAAGCAUGCUGCCGAAGGGAAAUCAUUGAAUGACAUGUUUGAUAGAUGCGUAGCCGAUAUAACCGUUGGUACUGUCUGUGGCGCUAACCAAAACUGUUUCAAACCAUGCCGAUUACUUGUAACUGCUGUGAGUUGUGCUCUUAACUGUUAAUGUUUAGACUGCUGGUGAAUACUUUACAAUGCUUUCUUCUUUAUUAUUGUAAAUGAAAUAUGAUUUUGAAAUAAUAUAUAUUUGCUAGGUUUUUUUCAA